AUGACCAUUACUGAGUACACAAGUAAAUUUGAGGAGUUGCGCCGCUUUUCACGCAUCUGUCAGCGAGCUCCUGAGGACUUUGCUGAGUGGAAGUGCAUAAAGUAUGAAGGAGGCCUUCAGAGUGACAUUCAGAGCUUUGUAGCACCUAUGGAGAUUCGGGUGUUCUCUGAGCUUGUGAAUAAGAGCAGGGUGGCUGAGGAUUGUGUCAGAAGGGCUGCAGCAGAAAAAGGGAGUAUGAGGAUGCCAUUCCAGAGGACCACAGGGAGGAAUUUUGCACCUAGGGGCAGACAGUUUAAGCAUGGCGGCUUUUUCCCUCAGAACAAUCAGGGGCAAGGCAACUUCAGGAGGCCUAAUACCAAUGCUAAUCAGGGAAGGAGACAGGGGAAGCAGCCACAGCAGGAUGUGAGUUGCCACAGAUGUGGGAAGUACCAUUUUGGGCCAUACAGGUUUGGGACUGGAGUAUGUUAUUCCUGUGGACAGCCUGGACACUUGGCUAACAGUUGCCCAGAGAAGAAGAGGUAUGAGACAGGUAGAGUGCAACAGCCAAAGAGAGUGUACACUACUUCUUCAGUAGGCGCUGAAGGGUCAGAGACAUUAAUUAGAGGUAAUUGUGAGAUGGCUGGUAAAACUUUGAAUGCCUUGUUUGAUUCUGGAGCUACAUAUUCCUUUAUUGCAUUUGAGAAGGCUGAUGAGUUAGGCUUGAAAAUAGUAGUCAUGGGGUAUGAUUUAAACGUAUAUAAUGCCACCCACGAGGCUAUGGUGACUAGGUUAGGGUGCCCCCAAGUUCCUUUUCGAAUACAACGGCGUGACUUUACGCAUAACUUAAUUUGUUUGCCAAUGACUGGUCUUGAUCUCAUUCUGGGAUUGGACUGGUUAUCCAAGAACCAUGUUAUACUCGAUUACUCUGCAAAAACAAUGUGUUUUAUGCCUAAAGACACAGAAGGGCCGGUUGUGGUGAAUAACUACUACCUGAAUUCCAUGAUAGUGAAUUGUUCUGAGGCCGAAUGUCAGGGAAUAUUGUUGUUAUCUGCGGGUGUUUCAGGUGAUGUUCAAAGAUUGGAGCAAAUCCCGGUUGUGUGUUAG